AUGGCGACGCUCUCCCACUCAGAGCUCCAAUACAUUAUUGCGGGUCUCGCGCACCCCACAACCCCGACGCGCGCCGACGGCCGCACCCUCCUGCAACCUCGUGCCGUGGGCGUGAGCUAUGGCGACGCACCAGCGGCCAACGGCAGCGCCCGUGUGCGUAUUGGCGGCACCGACGUCGUGGCCGGGAUCAAGCUCGAGGUGGCGGAUGUUGCCGAGGGUAGCAGGCCGCGCACAAAGGUUGAUGUCGAUGUCACCCCCCAGGCCUUCCCCGGCGGCACCUCGUCGUCCCUCCAGAACCUCUCGUCGUCCUACGCGGCCUUUGUGACCGACCACUUCCUCCCCUCCGUCCCUGUCCUGCGCAUCACCGACAAGAAGGCGUUCGUGCCCACGCUGCACCUGACUGUACUGGGCGCCGACGGCUCCGUCCCCAUGGCGCUCGUCCUCGCUGCCCGCGCGGCCUUUUGCGACCUUGCCGUCCCCAAGACAAAGGUCAUCGGCUGGGAGGGUGCCGAGGACGAUGCUCGCGCCGGCAAGGACAUGGCAGGCAUAAAGGGCGCUGUGGGCGCCGCGCGCGGCAAGGGCCGCGCUCGCGCACGCGGUGCUGACGACUGGGACCUCGAGGACGGCUCGACCGAGCACAUGGCCAACCGCGACACGCUGCCCGUGCUGGUGACGCUGCACCUGGUGCCCGAGUCGGACGCGUUCUUCGUCGACGCAGCGCCCAAGGAGGAGGAGGCUUGCUCGGGCAAGAUUCACGCAAUGUUCCGCCCCGACGGAAGGAUAUGCGGCCUGCGCACAGAAGGAGACGCAGGUAUCGAUGCGUCGAGGAUCAGGCCACUUCUCCAGGAAGCAAAGGCCAUCGCCCUCGACCUCGCUGCCUCCCUCAACACCGACCUCCCUUAG